AUGGCUGAACCAGGCCUCCUCUCCAGGGUCCACAGCCUGGGUGACCUCGACCUCGCCGCCCUCCUUUGCUUAUUAAGCCGCGAGCACUGCAUCAUCAGCACUGAGCCCGAGUAUGUCGACGAUCUGCUCGAGGAGCUGCACCUUGUCGCCUCGCAGACCUUCAACCUCAAGCCCACGACCCUAAAAUGCACCCCACAUACCACCCUCGACGACUUUGCCGCCUCCAUUCUCCUCACUGGCCCCAACACGACGCCCACCCCGCGCUCUAGCUCGCCGCUGCUUACACGCAAUAACCCCAACCCGGUGACGGACUCGUAUUUCCACAACCCGCCUGCAUCAUAUCAUACUCAUACCGCCUCUCAUCAAACCUUACGCGCCCUCUCUCCCCACUCGCAACUCUCAGUUGGCAGCUACACAACCCUUCAACACCCCCACAACAACAACAACAACAACAACAACUCCCCGCAAAUUGCCAACGUGGUACUCGCACGAGACCUGGACCGCGCCCCCAAAGCAGUGCAGAUACAAGCGCUAGAGCUUCUGCGGACCCGGCGCAUCUUCACACGCACUAGCGUCCAGGCGGCACCGAAGCAAUUCCUGUUCAUUGCGGUGCUGGGGGCAACGGGGAUGGGAAGGGAUGAGCCGAGACUCACGGAGCAUCUGAAUGAUUUCUUUUAUAUUGCGCAUUGGCAUGAUCCACUGGAUGGGUUUGCGCACCUUGAGGAGCUGGAGGAGCAGGAUGGGGAUGAGGAGGCGAGUAUUGCGAGUGGGGAGAGUGUUGUGAGGAGGAGUUUGGGUGGGACGUUGAGGACCGGAGCGGAUGGGCUGUUGCACGAGCACGACAUCUCGGCGCUGGUUGAGGCUAGUCGGCUGGUCAAUGUCGAUAUUGAGAUUCUGAGGUAUCAGAUGAACAUCAUCUCGUUCCUACGGAUGCACCGCGCCGUGGCCGGGGGGGUAUCACCCGUCGCGACAAAACACUUCGAUCAGCUACUCAAAUGCCUGGCUGCGCUACAUGGACUGGACUAUGCAACGCCAGGUCUCGUUGCGCUGGCGGCGAAGAAGAUAUACAUGCACCGCGUUCGUAUAGUGGCGCCGGAGAAGGAGCGGAGUAUGCAAUGGGGCAGCGAGUUAGCCAUUGUUGAACAGAAUCUCGAGGGUGUAGGACCCGAGGACGUGAUUGAGGAUGUCCUGGGCAUGGUCGCAGUCCCUUUAUGA